AUGCCGGACGAGGAAAUGUCAACUACAGAGAACAAGUGGGACGAGACCAUGGAAAUGGCGUUAUUCUAUGCCGCCAUCAAAUUUAAACCCGUCGGGAUGCACAAACACUUUCGGAUGAUCAACCUCCACAAACACUUCAACAAGCAUUCACCGACACCGUGCGCGAUAGCCGAGCUAUGGGAGAAAUUGGGCACAAUGUACGACCUACAAACAUUGGACGAGCGGGAGGAUUCUGGAAUGUUUGUGGACGAGGAUGAAGGCGAUGAAGAGGACGAGGACGAGGAGCAGGGUAUCAGCUUCAAGAACAGCGAAGAGUUCGUAUUACCCCUUCAUGAAUUCGACCACCUUGUGCCAGAAGUGGCACCAGACCCGUCCAGGAAAUCAUCACCAUCACCCAUGAGAACCACACGGGCCCACCGAGAGGGAUCGCAGACCGAUUCGAGUCGCGCGUCAUCACCGGAUGAAGACGAUUGUUCAUCCACCCGACGUGCGACGCGUGCAAAGGCUGAACCGGCUAGUACUCCGGCCCGUGGCCGCAAAAGUGGAAAGAAGUAA